CAGCCAGUCAGGAGUCAGCCACCAUUCCAAAGGCAUCCACGGAGUCCUGUGGUCCAUGCUUCAAAUUGUUUGGUCGCAACGUACAGUAGUAGAGUAGGUUGUGACCGUGUCUUCUGGAGUUAGCAUUUGCUUUGUUUCGCCCACAAGCGUACAGAUAACUCGGAAUGGCUGAAGAAGCGAUUGGCGGGAAGACACAGCGCGUCCGUUUUCUUGUUGAAAUUUCCAAGUUGGCUCAAAAUGUAUCUCCUACGGUGGCAAGAUGUUACGUAUACCGCUCCAUGGAACUAAUCUCAAGCACAGUGGACACGGAAUCCUCAAAGAUCCAGAUGUGCAGUAAAUGUGGCACAACGUGGCAGCCUUCGGAUUUUAGAAUCAGAACUCAAGCACGACCGGUGUUCAGAAAGGGGGUGCAGAAGCUGCUGUCUAAGGAAUUACUCCGGCCAUGGACACUGUCACGUCGGCAACGAAAGGAGCUACGGUUUGUUAAACGCGCUACAACAAAACUAGUGUAUUCAUGCAGAUUGUGUGGGAAGAGCCAGAAGUAUCCUUGCGCCAGAGCUCACAAGGCUUCAGUGUCAGCGAAUGACCAGAAACAAACACGCUUCUUGAAAGGGAAAUCUAGCACAUUGCCCAUUGUUACACACAAGUCUGCUUCCAAAAGGAAGAUCAUUCCAGGCAAAAAUUCCUCCCAAGUAUUCCUGAAACCCAAGUACAACGUAAAGCGUCCACAAUGUACAAAUGUGGCUCCUUUGGAGACACCCUCCAUGAGGAGGACAAAGAGCCUGUUCAAGGCUGUGCUGAAUGAUAAGGAGGUACAACAGAAGGUCCCUGGAGGUUUGCAAAGCUUCUUAGCAUCUCUAUAGAUUGAUGACACUGUGUGUAAGUUAUCCAUAUAGUUAGAUUACAGGACAGAAUGGCUGAAACACUGUAAUACUGUCAUUCUUUGGACUGUAAUACUGCUUUAGUAAUGGGAAUGUACCAGACAAUACAAACAUCAUAUAGCUGUACGAAAUUAUCUGCAUGGCCUCCUUGUCAGAUUUUGUGCUUCAAUCUGUUGUGUAACAGCUGACUGUUGUUACUUACUAUAUAAUAAAUUCUUCUGCAAUUGUA